CCACAUCCAGAAACAAGAUACUUUCCUCUCACCUUGACUAGAAUACACCAUCACCAUAGCCAACCAACCAUAAACAAUCACAAUGGGUAUUUGCGCCUCAUGUCUGGGGCGUAGUCCCCCAGAAAGCCAAGAUAGCGAAUCCUCCCGCCUCCUCGAAGAAGACAUCUACAACCAACCCGGCUACGGCUACGGAUCCCUCAACAACGCCAGCCCCAGCAACCACCCGGAUCCGGGCUACCUGAAGCGCGAACGAGAAGCAUUAGAAGCCAUCUGCCAAAGAGCCUCGGACUCCGUCAUCGACAUCUGGUCGAUCCAACCCCAGCCCCAUCUCCAACCGCAUGCGACCCUCCCCAGCGCCGUCGUCGCCCCCUCCACCUCGACCUCCGACGCCCCUCCGCCCGUCAAGGUCACGAAAACGGACACGACCCCCCCGCGCGCGCCGCGCCGAUCCGCCGCAUCGCCGAAACCCGGCGGGACGGUCCCGAAGCAUUGGGGGGAGGUGGUGAUCAACACGCGCAAGAACCGGUCGCGGCCCGGUUCGAGCACGGAUGAGGACGCGUCGAGGGAUGUCUUCGGGGUGUUGAAAGUGACCUAACCUCGGAGAAAAGAAUCG